ACUUCUUCUACCCACCACCAAUUUUCCCACGGAACGACCACGAGUAGGAAGGACUUUGUCCCGACAUAAUCAUCAUAUGACAUCACGACACUACUACUGCCUUGGACCGACAUGCACAUCGCUCGUGGUUUCUCUAUAGUGGCGCUUCCUCUUGGGCCAUGACAGCACCAACCCCGCCGUCCGAGUCGCCGCGCGAGCCAGAGGAACCACCCGAGGCUGGCCACAAGGAUCCGUCUCUGACUCCAAGACUGACUUCUGAGCAUGACACAUUAAAGUAUCACCUCUUGGGUCCUUCGCUCACCAAGGCUGGCCAAGACUCGGUGGAUCAGAAGAAGGUCUCCGAAGUCAUCUUCAAUGCCUCCAAGGGAUCCAAAUUCUUCAACCGGGAAGAGGCCAAAGACAAAAUCCUGACCCAGAAGAUCGACCAAAUCCUUCAGAAGAAGCGCCAUCUCGAUACCCUCGAUCUGUCCCGUGAGCUCCGUCACGCCGACAAUCUCGUCGCCCAGCUCGAACUCACCCGAGAUCUCAGCCAAUGCAUAGUCCACGUCGAUUGCGACGCCUUCUACGCAGCAGUCGAGCAGCUCGACCGUCCGGAGCUCAAAGACCUACCCUUCGCCGUCGGCGGCGGCGUCCUCACCACCUGCAACUACGUGGCCCGCAAGUACGGCUGCCGCAGCGGCAUGGCCAGCUUCGUCGCCAAGAAGCUGUGCCCGGACCUCGUCCUGCUCAAGCUCAACUUCGACAAGUACAACGCCAAGGCCCAGGAGGUGCGCCAGGUCCUCGCCGAAUACGACCCCCGCUUCGAGAGCGCCAGCAUCGACGAGGCCUACCUCAACAUCACCCAAUACUGCGCCGACAGGGACAUGGAGCCCGAAGACGCUGUGCAGCAGAUGCGUGACGAGAUCCAUGAGAAGACGCGCAUCACCGUCUCGGCCGGCAUUGCGGCCAACGCGAAGCUCGCCAAGAUAUGCUCCAACAUGAACAAGCCAAACGGCCAGUUCCUGCUGCCCAAUGAUCGGAUGGCCAUUAUGAAGUUCAUGGCCAGCCUACCGCCUCGCAAGGUCAACGGUGUCGGGCGGGUAUUAGAGCGCCAACUCGGCGGCAUCGGCAUCAAGACGUGCGGCGAUAUCUACCAGUACCGCCAAUACUUGAGCCCACUCUUCGGGGAGAAGGCGUACGAGUUUUUGAUCCAUUGCUAUCUCGGCCUCGGCCGCACUCGGAUUCAGCCGGCCGAGGAGUACGAGCGCAAGAGCGUAGGCACGGAGAGCACAUUUCACGAAAUGUCGGACCCAGUCAAGUUUCGGGAGAAGCUGCGGUGGACGGCUGAGGAACUUGAAAAGGACAUGAAGAAGGCAGAAUGCAAGGGCCGGACGCUCGUCCUCAAGGUCAAGCUUCAUACCUUUGAAGUAUACACGCGGCAAGUCGUGACGCCCAAGGCGAUUUGCAUGGCGGACCAUCUCUACAACUACUCUCUCCCCAUCCUCGCCAAGCUGGAGCAGGAGAUACCGGGCAUGAAACUGAGAUUGAUGGGUCUGCGUGUCACCCACUUGGAGAGCACGAAGAAACCAGAUACCAUGGCCUUCUUCGGCUUCCGACCGCGUAAGACGACCGCCGAUCCCGGCUCGGCGGUUGCCCCGGAUCCCGAGAACACGAACCGCAAAGCCGAAAACGCUGCCGACGGCCAUGACGUGUGGGAACAAUGGCCCGAGGAAGAGAUGUACCAGCUCGACCACGACCUGCAAGCCCAAGCGGACGCGGUGGUGCUAGCUUCACAGGAAGAAGGAGAUUCGACCAUCACCCCCCGCGGGUCAGAUUCGAACCACCGGCAUGGAAAGGAGAUCCACCCCCACCCCAACCCCAGCCCCUGUAAACCCGAGACCAGAGCGGAAGAGGAGGGGACGUGGUGGGACUGUCCGAUUUGCAAUCGGCCUCAAGCCCCUGACGAGAGGCAGUUUAACGAUCACAUUGACCUUUGUCUGUCGAGACAGACGAUCAGGGAGGCGGUGCACCAAGAUGUACCGUCACAACCGCCAAAACUGGGGACGCCGGAGACUCCGAAAAAGUCGAGGCUCGGGGGUGAGAAGAAGCGCGGCAGGCCACCAACCGUCGAUCCACGACAGAAGAAGUUGUGUUUCGGGUAGACGAAGGCUUUGGCUUUGAAUUUUUUUUUUUUUUUUU